GCUUGCUACGUCGAUGGCUUUCUGUCAAAAAUAAAAAAAAUUGGCCGGCUAUCUUUAUUUAGCAAUAAUUCAUAAUUUUAUUUGUAAAAUAAGUGGAAAGCAAUUAAAUUUAAUUAUAGACAGAGUCCACUCUGCCUAUCCCGUAAUAAAAUGCAAGUGUACGCAUUGUUAUUGCUUACUCUGAGCUUAUUAGCACUAAGCAAUGGCAUAACGCUACAAGGCACCAUAGAUGAGAAGAAGCUGCAGCUAAUCUUGCAGGAUGGACUGAAGUCGAAGGAUAUUGCCAGCUUGUAUUAUGCAAUCAGGGGCUUGAAGUCCAUAAAUGUGGUUAUUCCUGAUAUUUGUCAAGACAUCAGAAGCUCCAAAUAUGACAUCAGAAGUCUAGAGCAAGUGUUCUACCUGACAAAUGCUGCAGCCCUAACUGGCUGCCAAAAUGUUCUGACUCCGGAUGUCUUGAACACCCCCACACAGACUCUGGACAAGAAGGACGCCACUAUUCAAGAGCUCUACUAUGCAGUGUACUCUCUGAAAGCCCUCGGAAAAGGCUCGGUUUAUGAUAAGGAAGACAGCUUGAAGAAUCUCAUCCAAUUGUUGAAGAAAGAUGAUACUCCAGCAAACUAUGGGUAUGUGUUCGCGCUGUGCGAGCAUAUAGGCUGUGGUGACUGGACCAUUAGCCACGCAGAGGGAGUGUUGCAGGCAGCUGAUGAGAGUGAUUUCAAAGCCCUGCAUUUCGAAGGAGGCCUGCCCACCACAUCCACGCUGCUAUCUACUAUCACCAGGGCCUACAAAAGCCAAAAAAAGCCGUCCCCACUGAGCUUGGAGCAGAAGCUGAAGUUCGGAGUGUACCUGCUGUCGCGGCGCUCCGUCAACUCCGCCAAGGGCGCCGCCUUGCUGCUCGAGGCCGCUUUGGCUAUCGCCAAUGAUGAGCCGACACCGAUCGCAAUCACGAUCAAAGGCAAGAAAUACGUGACCGCGGACUCGGACAGCAUCGAGGUGUCCAUCACGGACAUCCUCCAGCGGCCAGUGAAAGGCCUCAAAGCCGACGAGGUCAUCGCCCAAUCCGGCACUCGCUUAGCCGACGACGUCGUAGUCUUGUCCAAACAAGCAUUAACCCAAAAGAAUCCUACCACUUUUGUUCUAAAUCUCAGCAAAAUCAAGUCUCAAUAUGGAUUAUACAAGAUUGCUUUGAGUGCUGGAAGUAAGACAGCUAGUUUGAAUGUAGCGGUGUUGGGAGAGAUUCAAGUGACGAAUUGUGAAGUCGGUUUGGGUGAUGUUGAUGGAACGACCAGCCCGAAGAUCACCAAUGUGCCGUAUCCUGAAGAGUUGACGGAGGAAUUGCAGGCUGAUCACUUGCAAAAACUGUCCCUGAAGUUCACCGUCCGCGACAAGCAAAACAAACCGGUGCUAGUUCAGCAAGCGUUCGUGCGACUCGGCCGCGAAGACCAACCCUCACUCGAAGCCAUCUUCGUGGCGGAACCUGAUAACUCCAAGGCUUACAGAGUUGAACUGAACGUAGGAGCGAUUGGCAAGCACCUGAACCAGCAGUCGGGCGUGUACGAUGUCAGCCUGUUCCUCGGGGACAGCGCCGUGUCCAACCCCAUCGCCUGGCAUCUGGGGGAGGUCAGCUUCCGGUUCGAGAAGGGUUCCGUAGUGGGGUCGGUAGUGGUCCCCCGAGUUGCGGGCGCGCUGCCGGAGAUCUCUCACUCGUUCCGGCGUGCGGAGCCGCGGCCCGCGCGCCUGCUGUCCGACGUGUUCGCGUGCGCGUGCGCAGCGCCGCUGCUGCUGCUGCUGCUGCUGUGGGCCAGGCUCGGCAUCAACUUCGGCAACUUCCCGCUGUCGCUCAGCGCGCUGCUGUUCCAUCUCUCGCUCGGAGCAUCACUGGCUCUAUACGGCGUGUUCUGGCUGCAGCUGACGAUGUUCGACACCAUCCGCUACCUGCUGCCGCUCGCCGCGCUCACCUUCCUCUCCGGGCAUCGCCUCUUACGGCGUCUGGCGCGAGACAAACAUACGCGCUAGGAGUCACCUAGCUAAUCCAAUACAUCUCAAUAGAUUUACACCUGCACUAGUCUCGGUUCCUAUAGUCUGCGCAGACAUAAAGAUUGACAGUGAUUUACUUGUUUAUCGAUGUUCAAUUAAAAUUGAUUAAUUUCUCAAUAGGAUCACAAAGUAACAAUAUCUUUAUUUUUUACAAUAGCCCAGCGUCACACAGACUGACUGGGCCUAGACUUGUAUGUGAAAAGUAUGUGUGUGAAAUACGAAGAAAGUACUGUAGGAUUGAUGUCACAGUUGUGCAAGAUUUUAUAACUUAUUCAUUGAUUAUUUGUCACUUACUUUAAUUUCGUUGUAAGGUCAAUUUUUACAAGUUUGUAAAAGUGGACCUACCAACGUUUAAAGAAUACCAUUUUAUGUAAUAAGAUUUAUUAAUUAAAAACAUCAUUCGUUA